CCGCAGCAGAACUAUACAUAAGCGUCGAAUCUCCAUUGUCUAUCCUGAGGCUCCCAUCACCCUCAUUUAACAUGGUGUCUGCUCUCCAAACUGUAACGACGGCCGCUCUGUUGGUUGUCAUGACGUCACAUCUUGCCAGUGCGACCUUUGACCCUGUCACCGCCAUUGACUGCUACGUGCACACGGGAAUGAAACAUGUGGCGGAAAAAUCAGGCUGCGACUCGAGUAUCAUAAACGUCCGGGGCUGCUGGGGUAGAUGUGACAGUUACCAGGUCCCAUCGCUUCUUACCAAACUCUUUGACGUCAGUCACCCGAUGUGUACACCAGCUAGCUAUAAGAACAUCACGGUAACGCUGGAAAACUGCGCUCCUGGCAUUGACCCGACCUUCACUUACGUAGAAGCCACCACAUGCGGUUGUAGGAAGAUCAGAGGUACCGCUGUCCACUAUGGCUACAGACCGGAUUAUUUUCUCCCUUGAGAGUUCAUUACCAUUUCUAGUUGUCCUUUGUCACUGAAAUGUUUUCGAUGUUUCGUCGCCCGGAGUCACCACAAUGCAAUAGAAACAUUGAGUGAUUGAAACGUGUCCAUGUUGUUGUUUAAUUUCUUUCUUUUUUUGUCACUUUAGCGUGAAUAUUUGUGAUAUUUAGUAGUUACUAUUUUUCUUGGCUGAUAAAAGAACUGAUAACACCUUGUCGAAUUCAAGUUUUGUUUCAUCAUUAUUCCCUAGAUCGUGAUACACAAGAAAUGAGUAAAGUCUAUUUUUAAAUGAUAGAAAAAUACCCCAUUUUCACGCAUAAGACAAGGAACAAUAAUCUAUGACAGCAGAGGAUCAAGAAAUUGAAUAUUGUGAGAAGUUAUUACCUCUUGAAAAAUCAGGGUCGUGUCUUAGAUAAGUCGAGUCUGUUGUCAGUCUUAAGUCUUAAUGAACAUAACAUGAAAUAGGCGGUCUUUGCGAAUUAUUAGAGGACUCACGAUCGCUUUGGAUGGUCACAAAUCUUCUAGAGGUCAAGUCGUUCAUUAACAUUUUUGAAACAAAUUGAUGAACAAGUUAUUAACAUCUAACUGGUCACUCCCAAGCACGUGUUAUUCUUUAAAACUCCUCCUUUUUACACCCUUCACUUAUGUGCCAUCAUAGAGUUAUAUUCAUAAAUCGCAUAUAUGUACAGCGCAAGAACAAAACGAAAUUAGCGGAUAUAAUCAGAGUUCAUGUUGUGAACGAAUGAGAGUGAUAUUUAUUGUGUAUUUUUUGUUUGAAUGUGUGUGUGAUGAUCCAUGUUCGUGCAUCACCAUUUUUUCUGUUUCAUAUCAUUUAUAAAGAUAUCAGUACUAUAGAAAGUAUGUAGAUUUUAUUUGUUUUGACUUCCAAACGUAAGGAAUAUUACACGAAGUGAAUUCCAGUUUGAUGCCAUGAAGAGAACAGAUUAAAGAUGGACGAUCCUGAUUAUGUUGGCAGAAUUUAGCACGCUAUCGACGUGAAGAUGAAAUAGAUUUUUAAGAGUUAUAAAUAUUAUCAUUUACAAGUGUAAAUAUUUAAAUCUUAACGUAACAAUUUGUCAUGAUUUGCUCUUGCCAAUUUCAAUAGAACCUUAUCAAAAUGUUAUAGCUACAUUUCAAAGAUGUUGAAAAUAUAUUUGUCACGAUAAUGUUUGCCUUACUCAAGACAUGUUUCCGUUCACACUAGAAAGCCUGCCCUUUAUAUCCCAAGGGCAUAAUUUAUUUAUACGUCUAAAAUUUCUUUGAUGUAGGUCUAAUAUUUCUUAUAAUCAGACUUUGGAGAUAAUGAGGGAUAGAAUAUCAUUUAUUUUCUUCAAUGUGCUGAAUACUUUUAUGUUUGUCCUCUCCAAGGUGUACUCGAUGAUUUAGUAUGUUUUUGAUCAAUUUGGCAAUUUAUUGUAUUUGUUUAGGUUUUUUCAAUAAGACCUACUUGGAAAACCGUGCGAUUUCUAUAUGUAAGAUUAUACAAUGAAGAUUUCAAAUUUGUUUAUCGAAAUACAUUUCUUUUUGUGUGAGAAACGUACGUAUUCUUGAAAAUAAAUACAUUUGAAAUUUUUGAACGGCAACAUUAUCGCUAUACAUUUUUAUUUCAUUAUUUUGCUAUGUUUGUGUUUGCUUAAGUUAUGAUGAUUAGAGCUUGCAUUGAAAGAAGUACAAAGUAAACUAAAUAUAUUAGAGGUAUUAGCAAUACCUCAGUGUCAUGUUUGUCUCGUAGCAUAUAUAUAUAGUUUACAAACCAUAACGAAAAAAGACAAAUUACAGUCGAAGCUUGCAAGUGACAUUUAUUGAUUCGGUUUGUAUUUGGCAUAGAUAAUAUGCUAGGAAAACGAAUUCCAUGCAAAAUAAACCAUAUAUCAGUAUCAAAUAUUGAUGAAUUUUCCUUUGGGAAAAAUAUUUUAUCUGCCCCAUCAGUGCAUGAUUCAUUAUUUUCUGCUACAAAUAGGUAAACAAAAAGUGUGAUGUUGGGAGUAGUAUUUGGAGUGGGGUUGGAGGAAACUAGAAGUCGUGCAUCUUGAAAUCUCUGGGUAGACCGGGUCAACAUUAGAUCUACUUCCUAUUUGUCAUAUUACCUCUGAUGUGAAACUGAUGCCACGUGUAAGAGAACAAUCCAACAAAUAAAGUCACAUAUUUCGAUUAAAGUAUAUUUCGCAUUCUUUACUCUGAUAUAAAAAAAAUUAUAUAUCGUAUUCAUUUAUCUUUUAUCCAUUUGUUAUUUCUUUGGGGUUGAAACAAAGAGAACAAAACCCAAUUUUCUUUUCAAAACUUCCACCAAAAUUGCUUUCUAAUUAAUAUUCGUAUGAAUAGCAACUUUUUUUUUUUUAGCAAAAUUUAUGUGACAAAAUCUAAUUGUAUCCAAAUAGAAAUGUAUUAAACAUUGAUUAUAUUUAUUUCAUUCAAUAGGUUUGAAUGCAAGAUUAAAUUAUUUACUGAAUAU